AAACAUUUGCCUCAAUCAACCUGUCAGCUGUCAGCCUGUCACCUGACAUUUUUAUUAUCACUGCUUGGCACAGUCAAUGAUAUUAUUAGCAGUAAUUAUUAGUUAUUAUCCAUAAAAAUAUAAAUACGAUAUAUCAUUGUUGGUAUAAUUUACAGACUUUCUUCAAAGUGUUGGGGAAUUUUUUAUUUUUGGACAAAGUUUUACAUAACGAGUUUUUUUCUUGCUUUAGCCAGAAACAUCACAACAAGGAAAGGAAGACUUAUCCCGUUAUGUGUAUCCUUUUCUCAAAGCUGAGUUACUCCCUAUUUCUUCACAGCUCAUUUAAGUAUUAUUUAGAAUCAAUAUCGGCAAUUAAUGCUUCAUCUAUAUAUUUUAUAUGCCUCAUGAUCCCUCCCUUCCAUCUCCCUCUAGUCCAUAGUCCCAAUCUCAACUGCGCACUAACAAGAAAUUCCAAUGUAUAGUUGCAUAUAUCAUGACGAUGCAUAUUUAUAUUUUUAAAGUCACUUGAAAAAUCGACAGGCAACGGGAUCAAACUAUUAAUCUCUCAAGAGAGUACGUAUUAUUUAAUUUGGAGCAUGUGAUUAAAAGAUAUAAGAUAAGAUCCAAGGGUAUCAAUCAUGUUGCAAAAGGCGAAAUUUCUGCACACCUUGCUCGAGAGAGUAAACAGUAAAGGUUUCGAUCAGUGUAUGAAAAAUGUACAAUUACUCUCAAUUGCCGAUGGAAAAUGCAAAGCACAAUUUACUGUGGCUGAAGAGCAUUUAAAUCCUUCUGGCACUAUACAUGGUGGUUUUACUAGUACCAUCAUAGAUGUUGUAUCAUCGUAUGCUCUUACGACUUAUAAACCUGAUCAAUCACCUGGAUCUUCCGUUGAUCUGCAUGUGACGUUUUUGAAGACUGCGCGUCUCGGUGAAGUAUUGACGGUCAACGCUGAGACUAUACGUGCUGGUAAGACCUUGGCGUUUCUUGCAGUGGAGAUUACGAAGAACGACGGUAAAGAUGUCGUUGCUCGCGGACAACAUACCAAGUUUAUUCCGUCAAUUAAAAAAUAAAAUUAGUGAAUAAAAAUUAUUGAAUAACAACUUACCGAUCCAUCAAUAUGUCAUUAAUAUGUACAUAAUAGAAGGAAUAGAAUACAUUGUAAUAUAUUUCUAUAGCUUAA